AGGGGUGGGAAGGCUCAGGGCUGUGUAGCGGGGACCGUGGACGAGCGAUGGGUCGGAGGGCCGGGGAGGCGGGCGGCCGGAGGAGGCAGCCUCCGGGGCCCGGAACCAAGGCCAUGGCCCAGACCGCACCGGGAGGGGCAGCGAGCGCGGCAACACCGCCCGGACUUCCGCCUUCGCGUCCGCGGCGCAUGCGCACCCCCGCUCCCUGAGGCCGGGUCUUCCGCUUUCCUCCCCUGGAUGUGAAGGCGCGAGUCUGGUUUCCAGGUACAAAUAGAAACAGCUUUUUCUGUACUGUGGCGGAUAGCCAGGGGAUUGGGAGUCAGCGUACCCGUCGGUGCGCAGACACUGACCGCAGAGCCCCAGCGCCUGUCACUUACCCGCUCUUCACAGAACAUGAACGAUUGGAUGCCCAUCGCCAAGGAAUAUGACCCACUUAAAGCUGGCAGCAUCGAUGGCACAGAUGAAGACCCGCAUGACCGCGCCGUGUGGAGGGCUAUGUUGGCCCGGUAUGUGCCCAACAAGGGUGUCACUGGAGACCCCCUCCUCACCCUGUUUGUGGCCAGACUAAAUUUGCAGACCAAAGAGGACAAGUUAAAAGAAGUCUUCUCCCGCUAUGGUGACAUCCGGCGGCUGCGGCUGGUGAGGGACUUGGUGACUGGCUUCUCCAAGGGCUACGCCUUCAUCGAGUACAAGGAGGAGCGGGCGCUGCUGAAGGCCCACCGCGAUGCCGACGGCCUGGUGAUCGAUCAGCACGAGAUAUUUGUGGACUAUGAGCUGGAGCGGACUCUUCGUGGCUGGAUCCCGCGGCGGCUGGGGGGUGGGCUGGGUGGGAAAAAGGAAUCUGGGCAGCUGAGAUUUGGGGGACGGGAUCGGCCUUUCCGAAAGCCUAUCAACUUGCCGGUUGUUAAGAAUGACCUCUACCGAGAUGGGAAGAGGGAGAGGCGGGAGCGAUCCCGGUCCAGAGAAAGACACUGGGACUACAGGACCAGGGACCGAGACCAUGACAGGGGUCGCGAGAAGAGGUGGCAAGAGAGAGAGACAGCCAGGGUAUGGACUGAAACUGACUGGGACAGGGAGAGGGGCCUGCGAGAAGACAGGGGCAAGGGGAGGGAGAAGAGGGACAGAAGCAAAUAGAGGCCCAGCGCCGCUGCAGAGGACACUACUGGGGAAUUGUCUAUGUGCUGUGUUCCCAUUGGCUCAAUAAAAUAAGUGGAGGUUGGGAGGUGGGCGUGCCUGUCUGCUACCCAGCUCCACACAGGUAUUA